AGACUUGCCCCUAUUUCUCAACCACAAUAUGUCUGAUCAAACUGAAACUUUCAUGUACUUACACGAGAAAGCAUUUACGAAGCCUAAUUUUUUUUGUUUCCAAAUUUAAUGUACCUCUGGUUUUGGCAGAGCUUACAAAAAAAAAUCUUUAGUUAAAACACAUGCAUUUUUGAGCAUACUUCCAGGAUUUUGGUGUAUCUAUUUGAACUAAAAGAGUAGGCAACCUAAACAGUAUCUAAUAUUUAGAAAAAACAAUGUCUGGCGAUUCCUAUAUCUCCUACAAGAAAGCGUCUGGAAGAUUUCAGAUUAUGACAGCCUUUAUUCUAAAACUUAAAAUUUUCUAAUGAGCCAUUGUCCUAAAAUGUCAGAAAAGAGAGUCUUUUAAAUGAUGACAAACUUUUCUAUAUUUAGAACUAGUUUACUAUACUUGUUCAUGUGCUGUAAAUGUCUCUACUAUUUCCAUUAAUUCUAUACAUUAAGAAAAAUUCUGUAUAAUCGAUAUGAAAAGAAAAGAAAUGUGACAAAAGUUUUAAGAUUUAAUAUAAAAACUCAACUGUUGGAACACCAUUGGGUUUCAUAUUAUGACUACAAUUAAGUCUCAAUGAGACUAAAUCAAGCUCAAAAGGAUUUGAGCUUAUGGCUGUUGUAAUGAAAUUUUUACUCAGAGUAAGCCAUUGCCGAAAGAUUCAAAAUAAAAAAUUUCAACAUGAAAUUUUAUCUAUAGUCACGUCUGAUUGUCCUGAAAGUUUCAAUGCGAAAUUUCAGUUCGAAACUCUUUGUUUUGGAUUUUUGGGCAAUACCUCAAUAAAAAUAUUAUUAAAACAGUCAUAAGUCCGAACCUUUUUUAACUUGAUUCAUUCUCAUCGAGACCUACUCGUAGCUAUAAAAAGAAGUCGAAUGGCGUCCGACAGUUAGAGAUGUUUCCUCGUAGGUUUCUUUCGAUUUUUUCUUAAUUGUUAAUAACAUUGUCACACAAUCAUGAACUUUCAAUGAUUUAAAAUCAUUGCAAAAUUUUUUAUAAAUAUAUAAUAAUUCCGAAGUAUUAUUUUGUUUUUAGGUUUUAAUGAAAAAAGUAAAGGAAAUGAAGCAUAUAUCGAUUUACUUAGUGGUAGUAAUCGUUUGGAUAAACAUCGUCAAGAAAAAUUAAAACGUUUUCGUGAAUCUAUAACACAAAAAUUAUCAAUAAAUGAUGAUGAUAAUAAUUUUAAAAUUGAAGAUAAUCGAAUAGGAUUUAAUAUAUCAUGGAAAGAAAAUGGAGAAUUUCAAUUAGAUGAUACAGAUUAUCAACGUUAUUUACGUGCAUUAAAUGCAGCUAUAUUUUUACGUAUUAAAUCAUUAUGUGAACGUCAUAUUGAUUUAUCAAUAUCACAUCAUUUAAAAUAUGAUGAAAAAAUUUUAUAUAAUGAAACACUUAUACAUGCAACAAAUUAUUCAAAAUUAUCAUCAUAUACAUGUUUAGGUUUUGAAAAUUUUAUUGAAAAUAAUCAUUCAUUUAAACAAUGGUUAUCAUUAGCUAAUACAGAUGAACAUCAUCCAUUAAUAAUUAUUGGUAGUCGAGCAUCUGGAAAAACUUUAUUAUGUACAAAAUUAGUUCAUUAUCUAUUGAAUACAUUAGGAAAAAAUGUUCAAUGUAUAUUACGUUAUUUUAAUUUAACAUCAAGAUCACGAAAUAUUACAGAAUUAUUUACUUCAAUAUGUACACAAAUGCAAACAUUACAAAAUGCACCAACAUUUAUUAAUGAUCAAAAAUUUAAUUAUAUUGAAUAUUAUCAAAUGGCUUUAAAAACUUUAUCAAAUAAUCAAAAACCCGUUAUAAUUAUGAUUGAUGGUAUUGAAGAAGCAACACCACCAAGUCAAUUUGCAUCAUCAGUUGUUUAUUAUCAAACAUUACUUCAAACACUCCCACCUAAAGUCUAUGUAAUAUUAUCUGUUAGUCGGAAUAUUCAUUCAUAUCCUCAUAGUGAUAUUCAAAUACGUGAAAUGAUUGAACGAAUUGAAAAAGAUGAAUGUAUUAUUGAAUUACCAUUUACAAAUGAAACAAUUAAUAUGUCUGAUUUAAGUUUAUAUAUUAAAUCAGAAUUAAAAUUAAUAAAACGAAAUGUAACAGAUUCUGUAUUACAAGCUCUUUCAAAAUGUAUAUAUAAACAAAUAGAUAAACAACCUCAAAUAUUUUUUCUUCUACGUCUUGUAUUAAAUGAAAGUUAUUUUAGUUAUUUAUCUCAACGUAAAAAAAAAUUAGAUUUAACAGAAUUAAAUAUGGAAGAAAUACUCAAUACAUAUAUUGAUCAUUGUGAAAGAAAAUUUGGUUCAAAAAUUUGUGCUUUUAUAUUUAAUUAUAUAAGUUCAUCACAAUCAGCAAUUCAUGAACUUGAGCUACUUGAUAUAUUAUCAUGUAAUAAUGAUUUUUUUUUGGAAUAUUUUCAAAAAGAUUUACCAAAACAUUUACGUUUUCCAUCAUCAUUAUGGAUUGCUUUUAAAUAUGCAUUAGGUCCACUUUUAUCUGUAAGAUAUUUUGAUUUAAAAAUUGUUAUUUGUUGGAGUCAUUCAUUUAUUCGACGAUUUAUGAAACAAAAAUAUUUAAAAAAAGUCGAAGAUAUUCGUUUUGCACAUCGAGAUAUUUCAAAUUAUUUUCUUGAAGCUUUUAUUGAAACAAAACCAUUAGUCGAUAUGAAUCGAAAUAUUCAAGUCAGAGGAGAUAAUGGUCGUCGUUUUAUCUUACAACAGCCACUUCUCUAUUCUGAAACAGCUUAUAAUUAUCGACGAUUAGGUGAAUUAUGGUAUCAAUUAAUGCAUUCUGGUGAUAUUGAUCGUUUAAAAGAAUAUACAUUAUGCUGUUUUGAAUAUUUAUUAGCGAAAAUUCAUGGUUUAUCUAUUGAACAAUUAUUAUGGGAAAUCGAUAUAAUUUGUAGUAAUAUUCUUGAUGCUGAUGUUCUUAUGGUUCAAACAAUAUUAAAAAAUAUUGUUAAUAUUGUUAUAAAUGAUCCUAUUUUACUUGCUGGUGAAUUAAUUUUACGUUUAAGAAAUAUUAAAAAUCAUUAUAAUGAACAUAUUGAAUUAUUAUUUGUUCAAGCACAUAAUUGGUGUGAAUCAUGUAAUAUACCAAUAUUUGUUCCAUUAUCAUCAUGGAUAUCAACAAUUCCACCAUUAAUUAUAACUAUAUUACCAUGUGCUGAUGGAGCAUUCAAAAUAAUACCAACAACAUUUAAUCAACAUAUUUUUUCUACAACACGUUCAAAUGAAAUAGCUAUGUAUCAUAUACCAUCAAAAAAACUUGUUAAAAAAUUUACUGGUCAUACAUCAUUAAUAACAUCUAUUCAAUUAACACAUAAUAGUAAAUAUUUAGUAUCGGCAUCAACAGAUCGUACUAUUAGAUUAUUUAAUUUAAAUUCUGGUGAAUUAGAAAAUAGUCAUAGAAUUCAUCAAGAUGAAUUACUUUGUAUGACAAUUUCACAUAAUAGUGAACAAAUUGUUAUAGGUUCACGUGAUCGAUUAAUUAUUGUAUUUCGUCUUGAAACAGGUGAAAUUGAACAUUCAAUUGAACAACAUACAGAUGCUGUUACUGCUAUUGCACUUACACAAGAUGAUGCUGUAUUAAUUUCAGCUUCACGUGAUCAAACAAUUAAACGAUGGACAUUUCAUGGAAUGCAAUUACUUGAUAUAAUUGAUACAAUUGGUUCACCAAUAAAACAUAUGAUGAUAUCAACAGAUGAUAUAUUUAUAAUAGUUUCAUGUGAGAAUACAACUGUUCAAGUUAAAUCUCUUGUUACAGGAAGUGAUAUACAUAAUCUCGAAGGACAUACAUCAGAAGUAACAAGUCUUUCAAUAUCAAAUGAUUCAAUGUGUUGUUAUGUUGGUUGUAAUAAUGGUUAUAUUUAUGUUUAUAAUUUACGUUCACGUAUACUUCUUCAAUCAUUAAAAGAACAUGAUGCAUCUGUUAAUGAUCUUUAUAUAUCAGAUGAUGGUUGUUUUCUUUUUUCUGCAUCUGAAAAUGCAAUACAUGUUUUAAAUGUCAAACAACAAUUUACUGAUUUUCAAACUAAUGAUUCAUUAUCAUCAACAGAUUAUAUAACAGCAUUGUCAAUAUCACGUGAAGGUGAUGCAGCUAUAGCUGGUUGUGCAAAUGGUAGUGUUCAAUUAUUUAAUUUAGUUGAUGGGGAAUUUACUGCACAUAUUACUGAUCAUCGUGGAGCUGUUACACAAGUUGCACUUUCACAUUCAUAUUUAUUUUCAUUAUCAGGUUCUAAAGAUACAACGAUUAAAGUUUAUGAUAAUGAAAUGGGAGAAAUUAUUACAGAAUUUACUGCUCAUUCAGCACCAAUCUCACAUGUACGUAUAUUAGAAGAUAAUCGAAAGAUUUUAUCCAGUGAUGAACAAAAUUAUAUUAAAACAUGGUGGGCAAAUACAGGAGAAUUAAUUGAUUCAUAUAAUGUAUCUUGUAAAAUGCUUGGUGUUUCUCCUGAUGGAAAAUAUGUUGUAUCAGGAAAUGGAGAUCAUAUUUUAAAAAUUUGGUCUUUGGAUGAUGCACGUGUUGUUCGUUCAAUAGAUCAUACAGAAGGAAAAAUAACUUGUAUAGCAUUUCGAGCUGAUUCACAAUAUUUAAUUACUGGUGGAGAAGAUUGUAGUUGUAAAUUAUGGGAAUUAUCAUCAGGAAAAUUGACACAAGUUCUUGUUGAACAUGAACAAUCGAUUACAGCUGUUGCAAUUAGUGAAGAUGGAAAACAUGUUCUUACUGGUGACAAAGAUGGUCAUGCUAUUAUAUGGUCAUUUAAAGAUGGUGCUGUUGUACAUAAACUUAUUAGACAUAAAAAUACGAUCGUUUCUGUCUCGUUUACUAUUGAUAGUCACAUUGUUAUAACUGCUUCACAAGAUGGACUUCUUUCAGCUUGGUCAACAAUGACUGGUAUUCAUCUAGCUGCAUUUUAUUUCAAUCAUAUUCUUGUGAAAUUACUCGUUUCACAAACUGGAGCACGUUAUGCAGCAAUUCUACAGAAUACAUGUUGUGUUGCUAUGUUAAGUCUUUUUAAUAUCCCGUCCAGUGAUACAUCGAAAGUGUCAGAACGUUACAGUCAAAUGUUUUCCGAUCCAAAUAAUAUUUUGCUACCAAUAAAACCGAAACCUUUAUUAUAUCCAAAAGAUUCAACAUUGUUGUCUGAUUGUCGACAAAAUUCAAAAAAUGAUCAACCUUGUGAUACUAUUUUACAUGAAAUUAAACAAUUUCAUCCGUCAAAUAUUUAA